CCUCUACUACUACUAUUUAUAUGAAUUUAUACUGUCCCAUAUUAUGUGACACUUCAUUGUUUUGUCGACAAGCGUUCGUGGACUGUAUUAAGUUUUCUUUAACGGUCAAAGAUGUUGAAAUUUUUAACUGCAACGAUUUUAGCUUUAAUGCUUAUUGGCAGUAUUGAACACGCUUCCGCACAAGGGGACGCUGGCGCGAACGGUGGCGGCGGAUUUGGUGGUAGCGCGGGAUUUUCAGUAGGUGCGGGUGGUGGUGCGGGUGGCCAAGGAGGUGGUGGGGCUGGAGGUAAUGCUGGCGGCGAAGCGGGAGCUGGGUUCAGUAUGGGCGCCGGAGCUGGAGGUCAAGCAGGAGCUGGCGGCGGAAAAUGAAAAUAAAAUAUGAUCCUGUCAAGCUUUAGUUAAUUCUACACUGAUUUACUUCACAAGGACAUCAUACAUCAGUUCAAUUAAAUUGUUUAAACUUUGUAACAUGAAAAAUAAAACAUUUCAUUUUG